AUGCCGAGAAGUCUCGUUUAUACAGACUUUUCCUACCUAUACUCAGGCCCACUUGGUCCAGUCUUCAAAGCCAAGAGAACACAUGACGGAAUGACAGUGCUUUUACGUACCAUUUCUUUAUCAGAGACACACCGUCUCCUUUGGCCAAGCUAUCGAGAUGCCGCAAGCCACUGUCUCCACUACCAUCAUCCUAGCAUCGCCGUCACUAGUGCUGUAUACUUAGAUGAGCAAGGCCAUCGGUUUCUGACAGAAUUUUCAGAUCCGUCUGUGUUUACUGAGUUUCCUCUUCAACUGCUCUGUGAGGCUAAUACAAAGCCACUAAAUAUGUAUAUUGCGUGGGACAUUAUCCGCCAGAUAACCAUGGUCCUUGAUUGGCUCCACAACCCUCCGCCGGGCACCCAGCACAAGCCUGGAUUUCAUGGUCAUUUGUCCCCAGCAAACAUUACGUACUGUCUUCUCACAAAGAAGGCUACCAUCUACGACGUGGGAUUUUCAAUAGUUCCUGGCCCAAUGGCCUCCAUGGCCGCUGAGUCAGCAGUCCAGAUUCAUGACGAUCGCUUCAAAAUUGGUACUCCAGCCGAUAUGUAUGCUCUCGGAUGUAUUAUUUCACUCUUAGUAACCCAUGUUGAUAAGACUAACUCCAAUUUUCUGCAGGAAAUGAUUUCUCUAAAGAAGGCAUGUCAGCAUCCCUGCAAUCACGCUCUAAUUUCGUUUGGCUAUAUAAUAUCAAUGUCACAGCACUAUAUGAAUUGCUGCUCGCUUAAGUUUUCAAAGUCAAUCGAUGAGUUAACAAAGUCGUUCUUUUUCUCUCCCAAAGACGACCCAACACUCGAUGACCGUUUCCAACAGGCCAUUGAGGAUAAUGAUUAUGAGAGGAUAUUGGCUAUUCUGGAAGAAAGCACCCAGAGACAACUUCCUCUCUACGUUCACGUGGCUCGCUCAGCAACUCCUGUUUCGGGAAAGACACCGCUGAUGAUUGCCGCUGAUAGAGGAAACGUAGAAGAGAUCAAGAAGCAAUUCCAGUAUCUAGGCCAAUCGUAUGAAGGUGAUACGGCCCUAAUGCUUGCGGCCAAACGAGGACAUGCAGACUGUAUCCGUGUUCUGCUGGGGGAACUGGGAAUUACUGAUUCUAGUGGGUUCACUGCCUUGAUGAAGGCAGCAGAUCAGCCAGUCGCGCAAAACGCAAUAGACAGCGGCCUUAUAUACUUGCUUCCUGAGGCUCGCAUGCACGCGCCAAGCGGUUGGACGGCGAUGAUGUUUGCGUCUAGCGAAGGAAAUACAUCCUUAGUCAGUGCUCUAGUGAGCCGAGAGGCUGGAAUGCGUAAUAGAGAUGGCCGUACAGCUUUAAUGUAUGCAGCGUUUAAUGGUCAUGACCAAACAGUCAAAGUCCUCUUGGCAGCAGAGUCCAACCUUGUGGAUAGCAAAAGAAAGCGGGCCAUAGACUAUGCUGUGGAGCAAAACAAUAUUAAAUGUGUUCGAGUGUUGCUUGGGCGCGAGGUUUUAGUUAAUGUGAGUUAA